CUUUUGGUAUAUCAUCCAACAAACUCUAAUCUUCUAUCUCUCUCUCUCUUUUAUUCUCUCUUUCUACUCCUUGGGAUUUUCUCAAAAGGGUUUUUUUUUCUUUGUUGGAUUCAAGUAUGGCUUUCUCAAAACUCCCAUUGGCUCUCUUCAUGUCAACCCUAUUCUUCCAUGCAGCCCUAGGUGAGAUUGUGUGUGAGGAAUUGCCCUUGGAUGUUUGCGCAUUUGCGGUAGCAUCCUCGGGGAAGAGGUGUCUCUUGGAGACAUCUACGACGGCCUCCAAGGACGGAGGAGUCGAGUACCAAUGUAGGACGUCGGAGGUGGUGGUUGAGAGGUUGGCGGAGCACAUUGAGACGGAGAAAUGUGUGAAGGCUUGUGGGGUUGAUAGGAAGUCAGUUGGGAUUUCUUCUGAUUCCCUCAUGGAGCCUCAAUUCACUGCCAAGCUUUGUGCUCAAGAAUGCUACCAAAACUGCCCCAACAUUGUUGACCUUUACUUCAACUUGGCUGCCGGAGAAGGAGUGUUUUUGCCUGACCUGUGUGAGAAGCAACGUUACAACCCACACAGAGCCAUGGUUGAGCUGAUGAGCUCUGGUGCAGCCCCUGGUCCAGUAGCACCAUUUGUGGCACAACUCGUAGCAGCCACACCUGCAGCUGCACCAUUUGUGGCAGAACUCGUAGCCACACCUGCAGCUGCACCCUCUAUCAAUUAAAUCAUUUAUCAUAUAUGAUUUUAUUAUCCAUAUAUAUAUAUUAUAAAAAUUGGCAAACAUUUUUCUCUAAUUUUUGUAUGGUAUUGAGAGUGAGAGAAAUAAAUAGCAUAUAUAUAUAAUUAGAGAGAAAUAUGGGAUUUGCAGAUUUGGGGUUGAUUUAUAUAUCUAUAUUGUAAGCAUGCACUCUGUUUGAAGAGUGCUUUAUAUGGUUGGUGUUGUUGCGAUUUUAUAAUACUAUAUAAGAUAAUAUGCAGAGUGAUAAUAUUUCAUUAUUUGUAAUCUUUUUUUGUUUUACAAAUAAAGAGUUUCAGAUUCAUAUUUUUUUUUA